CGAGAGAGGUGUCCCUGCCUGGCCAGCACCUGUUUCCGAUGAGUGUCAUGACGUAGACAAACGAAGUUUCGUCUGCCUCUUUAGAGAGCGACUUUGCAGGUGUGGUCAAGACCCAGAAGCUCGCAAGAGAGCGUGUAAGUAUCCUGAGGCAGAAUUAAAAGGUAAAGUUCUACCAAGCGAGCAACACAGAAGGCAAAAGAGUGUAGGCUCUUUGUUUCCUCCUAUAACGGGAAGCUCGGCUUGCAAGGGACCAAUCAAUCGACCAGCGCGCGAACACCCGAGGCCGAAUGAAGUCAUGAACGGUCCUUCAACAAACGGACGACCGACGGGCGGUUUGACAGCUUCGUGUAUCACAAUCAAUAAGAAAGACGAAAACAGUGAAUUAUACUAUCAGAUCGCCCAGCUACUAGGAGGCAAAGGCGUUGACUUCGAGGCCGUCGUUGUCAAGGAUAUGUGUGCAGCGGUCACAAGGCGACCGUCGUGCCCGAAUGCAGUGCUCGACAGGGGGGAACUAACCGUAAUUCAGCACAGCAACAUUUCCACACAGAAUUUCAACGGAUACCGUUGUAUGGGCCAGCAGCUGUCCUGGUUAUAUGCUGGAGUUGACAGGCAGAGCUCACACCGAUAA